AUGCGUACCGAUGACUACGAAUCCGCAACACUUGUCACCUCCGGCAAUUGCAACACCUAUCCACCCCAUUCUCCCGAACGCUCCACCUCCAAAAGCAUGCUCGCCCUAUCCUAUUCCUCCCUCGCCCUAGCAAUCGCAGCGCUCUCUGCUGCCGUCGUCUCGCGUAUCAAAACCAGCCAGGAUGAUGUCAAAUUCAUCUUCACCGGCCUAGGCCUCCUCGCCGACAUUCUAGCCAUAGCCAUGGGCUGCAUCACCAUUUUCUUUGUCGUGCUCGCCAUCGUCGCACAACGGCGCGAAACUUCCACUCCAAAGACGGGCCUACUAGCAGCUCAGAAUCGUAUCUAUUUGGUGUCGGUUAGUGGUCUGUGGGCCGCGUGGGCAGGAGUGGUCAGCUUGAACGGGAUGCGAUCUCAGCGAAGUUCCCUCGGGAGGAGUGCACCCAGAUGCAGGGGUUGA